AUGCAGACUGCUUCUACAAACAUUUGUGAAAAACUGUGCAAUAAGUCCAUCCGUGACAUUUCCUGGCUACUAAAUAUUCCACGGUCAGCUGUUAGUGGGAUUAUAACAAAGUGGAAGCAACUGGGAACAACAGCAACUCAGUCACCAAGUGGUAGGCCACGUAAAAUGACAGAGAAGGGUCAGCGCAUGCUGAAGCGCACAGUGCGCAGAAGUCACCAAGUGUCUGUAGAGUUAAUAGCUAAAGACCUCCAAACUUUGUGUGGCCUUCAGCUUAUCACAACAACAGUGCGUAGAGAGCUUCAUGGAAUGGGUUUCCAUGGCUGAGCAGCUGCAUCCCAGCCUUACAUCACCAAGUGCAAUGCAAAACAUCGGAUGCCAUGGUGUAAAGCACGCCGUCACUGGACUCUAG